AUGUAUCUCUUAAUAACUAUCACAUAUCUUUUGUUGACCAUUUCUAUCAAUGGAUUACCAAUGUUUUAUGGUGAUGAUGCUCAAUAUAAUCCAUGUAAUUUAAAUUCCCAUACAUUCUUUUAUCCACAUCGUACAGAUAUUCAUAAAUACUAUCAAUGUGAUGAACUUGGUAAUGCUUAUUUACGUUUUUGUGGUUAUCUUGUAUGGGACAGAGUUCACAUGACAUGUAGUUGGCGAUUCGGUGUAAUCCGUGCACCAUCACAAUUUGCACCAAUUUUGAAAACAAGUCGAUCAUUUUUUAUUACACAAUCAAGUUCGACCAUUGCUGUGCCAUCAUCUUUAUGUAAACCAAAUAAUCCAUGUGGUACACAUGGUAAAUGUCUUGAACCGCGUAGAACAGCCUUACAUUCAUAUCGAAGAUUUACAUGUGUCUGUUCAGACAACUGGUUUGGCCCAUUAUGUGAUAAACAUAUUGAUGAUUUAACAACACCAACAAUAGUCAAAAUUGCUCAGAUUCAAAAUUUUCCACCAACAGAAAAGACUACUGUAGCACCUAUAUUGACAACAAAAGAUUCAAAAAAAAUAUCAUAUGAUCUCAAAGAAAGCAAUAUAAAUGAAGAACUUGAUCGACCACUUCUAGCAAUUCAUUCCAUUAUCGAAGAAAAUGUCGAAAUAUCACCUAGUACUGAAGAAUCAAAGCCAAAAGCUAUUGAAGCAUCAUCUAAUGUUGAAGAACUAAAUGUGAUAACUACUGAAGCAACAUCAAAAGCUGAAGAACGAAAUCCAGCAACAGUUGAAGUAUUACCAAGUGCUAAAGAACUAAAACUAGAAAAUAUUGAAGCAUCAUCUAAUAUUGAAGAAAUGAAUGUCGUAACUACUGAAGCAGCACCUACAUCCGAA